CAGUGGUUGUCAUUUAUUAACAUAUCUCAUAUUUCAGAAAACAAUGAUCAUUGCACGCCAAACAAACAUUCAGGCGUUGACAGAUCAUUUACCACCGAGACAAACAUGGAAAGACAUAUCGAAGGUCUGCGCGUUGUAAGGGGUCCAGAUUCACGUAGCGGACAGGAGGACGCAUGUGAAGGUCACGUUGGAACAGAAACCGUCCCAGACGAUGUUUAUGAAAAGACCACAGCAGAUUCAAUUGCCGUUUCACACACCACUGAACAACCACCUCAAGUAUCUACACACGCACGUGACAGCAACUAUUGUCACAUAAAAUCAGAAAGGAUCCUGGAAAAAACUAAUCUAGAGACAAGUGAUCAUCGAUUACAUGUUGGAGAUAUAGUGUGUGUAGAUGUUUCCGAUUCGACUUUGAAAAAGCUACAAUACGGUCACGGUGGCUAUAAUGAAGAAAUAUCUCGCUAUAUCGGUCUUUCCGGUAAACUACAACAUAUUGAACAAAAUGACGACUUAAUUAUAGAUUAUGGUGGUAUCAAUUUCCGAAUCAACCAAGAAGCUGCAAGAAAGGUGCCACAGCUUAAGUUCGGCGAUAAAGUUAAGAUACUGGAGGACGAACACAAAGCACAAAUACUGCAAGCGGCACAUGGGGGAUGGAGCAGUGAAUAUACAGAGACGCUUGGAAAAGUCGGGAAAGUAGUGAACAUAAAUUCCGAUGGAGAUGUUGCCGUUGAAAUCGGAGAUACGGCUUUUGUCUUUAACGCCGCCUGUUGUGAGCUAGUGAAAGUCCCAAGUGUGGAUAGAAACGAUACCGCAAACAGCACUAGCAAUAAGACAAACAUUCACACUAGUAACACAACUGGAGUCAAUAGUGACUCGGAAAGCAAUGAAUGUAUAUCGUGCGGCGGUGACAUUUAUGGUUCUGCGACCGAAGGUCAAUUACCAGAGGCAUUGGCAGAGACUCUUCGUGGUAUGCAUAAUUCGUUGCAAGCUUUGAACGGCAUGGCAAGUUUGGCUCAAAAUACGCAGCAGCGACAGAGCCUUUCCACUCCGUCUAUAGAACUCAUGGGUCCAAUGCUUCUUGUCCAGGCAUCAGCUGGCAAUGUCAUUCCAAUGGUCCUAUUUGUCUUGCAGAAUAACCCGAAAAUGAUAAACGCUAAGCACCAGGGUUUAACCGCUCUGAUAGUUGCCUGCCACGAAGGUAAUAAAGCUGUUGUCGAAAUAUUAACAGCAGCUGGCGCAGACUUAAAUAUCACCGACGACAAUAGCAACACGGCAUUAAUGGCCGCUACAAUAAGGAACCAUGAAGAUAUAGCAAUGAUUCUCAUUCGUGCCGGGUCCAACAUUCAUUUCCGGAACAAGAAAGGACAAGGCAUUUUACAUUUUGCCGCCAUAGGUCAAGCUAACGGCAUACUGAAAGAAGCACUGAAGAAAGGCGUCGAUCCUAAUACAAAGGAACGAGAUCGCAGGGAUACACCGCUACAUACGGCAAUCAUGACAGACAAUAUCGCUGGAGCCUUAUGUCUUAUACAGCAUUUGCAUGUCGACAUUGAGGUCAGCAACGCCAUUGGACAUACUGCCCUUACACUGGCAGCGAUGAAGGAAUGUGUGACACUCGUGGAAGCCUUAGUCGACCGAUUGCCUAGUUUAGCGAAUUAUCAAAAAUCUGAAGAUGGAUAUACGGCAUUGCACGUUGCGGCUAUCAAUGACGCCGUGGGGGUAAUUGCGGCUCUAAUAAAGAGAAACGCUAACGCGAACAUUCCCGGCAAUGAUCAUACUAUUCCUUUACAUCUUUCGUGCAAUGAAGGGUAUAUAAAUAGUUCAAAGUUGCUGAUAACAGCAGGAGCUAAUGCAAAUGCUCAGGACAAUUCUGGUAACACUCCUCUCCACCAUUGUGUAAGCCAAUGGAGAAAAAGGGACAUUGCUAUGAGCAGUAUGCAGUGUGGAGGAAUGGAUAAACGGACAAAAGAGAUCUGGGAAAGAACCGAACUAGGAUGCCUUUUUAUAAGAAACGGCGCAAGUGUUAAUGUGGCUAAUAGAGCUGGCAACCUUCCACUGCAGCUUUGUUUAGAUGUACAUAUGAGGGACAUCCUUCAAACAUGUUCAGAAAUAAGGGUUUUACGAGAGAUGAAAGUGGGUCAAAACAUUUAUAAUAUAGUGCGGAAGCCUUUGCCGGAAAAUCUGUUUCUUCAAGUGUUAUGUAAAGCGCCCAUAUUGUGUUUCAAGUGCUUGAAUAAAAUGGCGGACACGGCAUUAGCCCCGUGUGGCCAUAUUACAACAUGUAGGAGUUGCUCUAUAAGUCUACACGUGUGUCCAGUGUGCUCUGUCCGAAUCAAGGAGCGUACCCUUAAAUGAUUCGGCGCGUCGUGUGGCAGCAACUUUUAUUUUCCAUUUUAAAAAAGUGAAUGAUUAAAAAAAAGUUUUUGAAAAUGUACAUAAAACUGAUAUACAAAAAUGAAAACGUCAUCAAAUGUGCACAUUUUUUAUAACUACCCAGCGUUUAAAUAUUACGUCAUUUUGUUACUUUACUUAUAAAUUUUGGAUGUUUUAAAUAUGUAUAGAAUUUUUGUUAACGGAGCUAUGCGCAAUUCAACAUUGCUUCGUGUUCAUAUAAAUUUUAUAUUUAUAAAAUGCUUUUUUGUAGAACAUAAUUAUUUAAAUGCGAACCUAAUGACAUAAAAGACAAAUAGAUGUAAACAUGAAAAGAUGAAUGCUUGGACAGACUAAUGGUUAUUUGAAUAAAUGGAUUGAUUAGUGUGAUAACGUAUGGGUGGAUGGACAAAAUGCAUUGAUGACAGGAUAUGUGUAUGCGUGUUUUGAUCGCUUGAAGGGUGCAUUCAUGGAUGUGUGUGUGAUUGCUAAAAUGCAUGAAAGAUGCAAGAGUGACUUUAGUUGUUCGAACGGACGUACGAUACGGAUGGAGGGAGACGUACGGUACGGGUGGAGGGAGGGCAGGAUUAAGGCAGUAAACAAAUCAUGUGCAACACACACACAAAAACAACAAGGAGAAAUCGAAGCAAUAUAGUAUUAUCAUAUGUCGUAAUUUUAGCAGACAACACUGGCACAUAAUCAAGUUUGUAUAGGAUGCUUUUAAAGCAAAUAUUUUUUUUCAAAACCCCAUGACCGAUCAUAUCACAUUCAUACACCUUAUAUGGCAGAAAUCGAACAUCAAUCGUGAAAACAAAUGAUAAAUUUAACAUUGAGGAAUAAGACACAAAUGUUGUUUAACUAAAUGUGACCACUUCAGGCAGACAAAACACAAUCAACAGUAAUUAUAUUCACCCAAAACACACACUAAUCCAAAUGCUAUCCGUGGGAACCAAAUUGGCCUACAUUCGAGACGAACAACACGAUGCAGAAGGUUUAUCAAGCCAAAAAAUAAAGAAACAUGUAAAACAAUCGGUAGAGAGUAACAAUUUGUUGUGGGUGUAAUUUUUAUAUGUAUUGGUUUUAAACGAUACGAUUCGUGCGUUGAAUUAGUUUCCAUUGAAACAUGGUCCAAUUGAAACGGGCUGAUGAGUUUGAUGGUUUUCAGUAUGAAAUGUUGUUCCUUACAUAAAUGAAUAUUUUGGCUUGAAUGAAUGUUAUUUUUUUUAUAUAAAACUUUUAUUUAGACUUUUAUUUAUGUGAUAAUCUGUUAUCAUGAAAUCUAUCAUAGUGUCUAGUCAUGUUAGAAAUAUAGAAUAUAUUUUAGUGAUAUAUUUCAUAUACUAUGUUCAAGAGUUGUUUGCAUUUUGGAAGUGUAUUUAUAUUUAAAAAAGUAGAUGCUUGAUUAUUCAGAUACAUAGAUACAUACUAUAUCUAAUUUACAUACCUAC